CCUACGGUGGCAAAGGCAGGGUGAGGAAGCAGCACCGUCGCUUAGCCACGCCUCCGUCAGCAGCCGCCGUCAGCCGCCGCCACAUCAGCCAUCAUGAACAAGUACUUCCCUGGAAUCGGGCGGGUGGAGUACCGGCCGGAUGCUGGCCCUGAGGACACACUCGUCUUCCGGCACUACAACGCCGGCGAGACCGUCCACGGCCGCUCCAUGGAGGAGUGGCUCCGCUUCUCCGUCUGCUACUUCAACACCUUCAGGUACUUCGGUUCAGAAGGUCACUACGGCGAGAGGGCCCACCAGCACCAGUGGGAGGAUGGCUCCAGGUCUCUGGAUAACUACAAGCGUCGCAUGACUGCCGCCUUUGAGUUCUUCCACAAACUCAACGUCAAGUUCUACUCAGUGAGUGACCGUGACAUGGCCCCCGAAGGAGAUAGCUUCGAGGAAACCAACAGCUACCUGGAAGAGAUGGUAACGCAAGCCUGCGACCUCCAGAGGCAGACUGGGAUUAAGCCACUCUACUAUAGUGCUGACCUCUUUACUCACCCUCGCUACAUGAACGGCGCAGGAGCCAAUCCUGACGCUCACGUGUUCGCCUAUGCAUGUGCACAAGUAAAGCGCAGUCUGGAGGCGGCCAAGCGCCUGGGCGCUGAGAACUUCGUGUUCUUCAACCCUCGGGACGGUUACCAGAGCGUUCUGCAGCGCCAGUUCUUCCGGGACAUGUCUCAUAUGGCACAGCUAUAUCGCAUGGCUGCGCAGUACAAGGACAAGAUCGGCUACAAGGGUCAGCUGCUGAUCCAGCCCAAGCCAUCCGACCCUCGCCGUCACCAGUACGAGGCAGACGCCAUGGCUACCAUGCACAUGCUCCGACACUUCGGUCUGGAGAAGCAGUACAAGUUGUACAUCAAGCCCGCCUUCUCCCGCCUCAUGGGGCGUCCCUACGAGCACGAUGUCUACAUAGCCGCUGCUUACAACAUGCUCGGCUCUGUCGAUGCCUCUGACAGCUUCCCGGAAGUGAACGGUACCUCAGACAUCUGCGCUCGCAACAUCCGUGACGCUACCUACGUCAUGAAGUGUGUGCUGGAGCAGAGUGGCCUGCAGCAGGGCGGGUUCACUCUUGGAGGUCGGGUUCGUCGCGAGUCCGUGGAGCCUCGCGACCUGUUCCACGGUCACAUCCUGGCCAUGGACACCUUCGCCCGAGCACUCAAGAACGCUGCUCGUAUGAUUUCUGACGGCUGCUUUGCUCGUUCCAUCCAGCAGCGAUACGCCUCCUUCAAGUCCGGCAUUGGCGAGCGCAUUGAGAAGGGCGCCGCAACCUUCGAGGAGUGUGAAGACUACAUCCGCAAGUGUGGCGAACCGCAGCAGCAGUCCAGUCGCUACGAACACUAUGAGAAUGUGUUCAACUACUACGUGUACCCGCCGCGGCAGUAGACCAUCACUCUCCAACAACCUUCCUUCCUGCCUUACCUAACAUACACACAAACACCGAGGCGCAGGUCUGAGUCGUCGGCUCGUUCUUCGACGUCUUAUGACAAUCUCGAGACUUUCAACCACGCGAUUUGAAACACUACCCGCUCACCACCGUCGUUUUCACCGUCGCCUGCCUCGUUGAGUACGUCAUCGUCGUCCACGUCAUCGGCCACUACGUCCAAGUAACAACCAAGCUGCCUUACAGCACAACAGAUGAACGGUAAACAACGAGGUUGUGGAGAACUUAUACAGUAGACAUUUUGGUACUGCUGUAAAACGCGCCUCAAAUGUACCUCACACUAUACAUUGUUUCAAAAGCAAACUGAUCAUUUACUCCACCUGGCUGAAACACGGUACAGAACCUCACACUAGACACUGACAAGCCUAGGUAGCUUUCCUCAUAUUGGUCACUCAUGUGUAACUUUACACCUAGUUGUUGGGUAACAAAUAUAUCGCGGCCUGGGUAAUCGUACCUACAUCCUAACACUGAAAACUAACACCAGAAUGAACAUUCCUCACAGCUAGAAAUGGGCCUUAUAAUAAGUCAUUUAUACAAAUACCCACAACUGCAAGGGAACCUCAUACGGGUCAGACACUUACUUUGAUAGGGGACCUCAUACUGGUUGCUCAUGCAGACAUAUAUCUGUAAGGAAACCUAAUGCUAGUCACUUAAAACACCCAUGCAUUACACGUUAUAUACACCCAUCUUCCGUGAAAACUUGGGUGUACACACACACACACACACACACACACACUCACACACACACACACACACACACACUCACACACUCACACACUCACACACUCACACACUCACACACUCUCUCUCUCUCUCUCUCUCUCUCUCUCUCUCUCUCUCUCUCUCUCUCUCUCUCUCUCUCUCUCUCUCUCUCUCUCUCUCCAAGGUUGAAGGACGAGCUUUCAGUUAUUGUCCCAAAAUAUAACAGAACAAAAAUAAGCAUUAAAAAAUAUAUCGAAUCGAAGUUCCUUGGCGGAUUUUUUUACCACUAUGAACUAUUCUUGAUCGAAUCUUUACGUCUCCAACAUCAGCAUCCAUGAACAGAACUAAGACAUUUCUUUAUCACUGUUGACAUUUAGUGCAGAAAAACAACACUAAAGAAUAUUUUUCUCUCUGCAACCAACUGGCCAAAAUAUCAAGACAACAUAACUCAAGACAAAGAUUUCCCCAGAUAGCUGGCCAAGACAACAUUAAAACUAAGGGUCUCCAAAUUUGCUAGUAGACACAACACAAUGACGCAGCAAAGGCUCUUGAAAAUGGAAUUUUUGUUCAUCCUUAUUAAGGCCAAAACACCAAGACAAACUUUUCAAGAUAGAAAAUUUCAGUCAAGUGGCCAAAAGAAAGAUCAAGACAGCACCAGUCCAUUGCCUCACAUCAGGCAAAUGCAUUAUCCAAGCUAGUUAUUAAUGGGUUGUAUGGGUUUCGGCAUUUCCUCUGUUAAUCCCUUAUUUUAUCCACCAAUGCUUUAGUUGCUAAUAAAAAUUAAAAUUCA